AAGUAAACAAAUAUGAAACGCCCAAACGACGUCAUUUAGGUUGUUGACUGACACCAAAAGAAACAGAGCUUCUCUUCUCUGUUUGAGUCGUGACCUGACCUGAGUUUCGAAGCGGGCGCCGUGUAUCGUAAGAGUAGUUAUGGAGUCCAUGGAAGCUCAAUCUCCAGCUUUUCAAUCUCCUUCUCGUUCCAGUCAGCAAUUGCAUUUCUACCUCGCCGUGGACCGUCCCCUAUUCAAAAUGGAGACAGUAGUGGAGUUACUAGGAGUGCUAGGACGUCGUCCAUGGCUUCCCAUUGUAGUGUGUUGCAGCUCUCGCGAUGAACUCGACGCCGUCUCCUCUUCCUUAUCCACUCUCCCUUACAUCUCCUUUGCUGCUUUGUACAGUGAUCUGGGAGAGAGAGAACGAGCUUCGGUUUUAGAUAAAUUCCGACAAGCGACAAUCAACUGGAACCAGCAACUUAACUCUGCAGUAGUAGAAGAAGGUCUGGAAGAGAGUGAAACCAGAGAAGAAGAAGAUGAAAAGAAAUCUCAUUUGGUGGUUGUGACUGAUGUUUGUCUUCCCAUGCUUUCAUCUGGAGAGUCUUCUCUUUCCUCGCGAGUUCUCAUCAACUACGAGCUUCCUACUAAGAAGGAAACUUAUACUAGGCGUUUAACAUCUUGCUUAGCUUCAGGUGGGAUUGUCAUAAACAUGGUUGUUGGAGGUGGAGUAACUACUCUCAGAAGCCUUGAAGAGAGCAGCGGCAUUAUCAUCGCGGAGAUGCCAAUCAAUAUUUCUGAGAUCUUAUAACAAUGCAUGCCUCCUACGAUCUGAAGGACUGUCUAUUUGACUAAGCGGGCUUCAAAAUGUAUGUUCAUGACUUUUCUUUCUAGAGACAUCAAUAUUUUGUGCUGAUACACAUAAGCUGCCUGUCUCUCUGCUGCACUUUUAGCUAUUGGCUUGAUCACUUUUGUUCAUAACGCUGCGUUUCCACAGUUUUAUUCAUCUCGGAAGAAUUUUUCUUUUGGAACAUUUGGAUAAAGGCAUAAAUAAAUCAACUGUGCAAUAGUUGACA